CAGAAGUCAACACAAACGUCUUUCUGAGUUCCGAGUUCUGAGUUCAGAGUUCAGACACAUUUAAAUCAAAAUGCUCGCGGGAGUGGCACUGAACACAGCACUGCCCAGUGGCCACCCGCCACUGCAUUCAUCCCACGCCCAAAAAUUAAUUCGAAAAAAACAAAACAGUGUGCGCUUCUUUCUUAAUUCAUUUCAUUUUGCAGUUAUGCGGCGUGAUGGCGGCAAAACGGCUUAUCGUCGUUGUGGAAAGCACCGCCGCCAUGGGACCCUAUUGGGAGACCAUUCUGAGGGAUUAUCUCGACAAGAUUAUCAGGUGUUUUGGUGAAAAUGUCUCAACUGUGCAGAACUCUUCUUCUAGUGUGGAGUUUGCUUUAGUCUCCUAUAAUACUCAUGGAUGUUAUUCUGAUUGUCUUGUGCAACGGACUGGCUGGACUAGAGACCCAGAUGUUUUCUUCCUGUGGCUAUCAUCUAUACCCUUUAGCGGUGGCGGUUUUAAUGAUGCAGUGAUUGCUGAAGGGCUUGCUGAAGCUCUGAUGAUGUUCCCAAAUUCUCAAAGUGGAGACCCUAAUCAGCAGAAUGUGGAAAUCCAUCAGCAUUGUAUCCUUGUUGCAGCAAGUAAUCCUUAUCCGUUGCGGACACCAAUUUGUGUUCCACAACUGCAGAACCUAGAGCAGAGUGAAACCAUUGAAUCAUUCCCAGGGAACUGUUUGUAUGAUGCUGAAGCUGUAGCUAAAGCAUUUCCUCAGUUUUCUAUUUCUCUGUCAGUCAUAUGCCCGAAACAACUGCCCAAAAUUAAAGCCAUCUACAAUGCAGGAAAACGGAAUAGUAAAGCAGCUGAUCCACCAGUUUUGGCUAAAACCCCUCAUUUUCUUAUUUUAAUAUCAGAAGGUUUCAGGGAAGCGCAGGGUGUGUUGAAGGUCGGUGAGGGCAAUUCUUCUGUCUCUGAGUCUGAGAAAUUUGCAGCAAAAUGGCCUGCUGUAAUGCAAAUAGUUCAGCUUAUAUCUCAAGCCACAUGAAUAACAAGUAGUUCCAUAUUUCAACUUUUGGGAUGCUCAUGCGUGUGUGAGUGUGUAUUUGAUCUUAACGUUUUGUUCUGUUGCUAGAGAAUAUGUAGUUUUACGAGCAAUGUACCCAUAUGGAUUUCGUGGUCAGCAGCAGAUAAGAAGAAGCUGCUGCUUCAAAGGAGUUGCUAUUCUGGAUAAAUAGAGAACUUGAGAUUGUGGCCUUCCUGCAUUUCACAUUGGGCAAAUAGUCUUUUCAAGAACUUUUCCUUUUCUCUUUGUGGCUAUGCUUUCUCGUGGUAAGUAUACAGUAAUGGUGGGCAGCAACUUUUGAAACUUACAUUGAUCUUAUUCUGACAUUAAUUGCUGAUCCCUUAUAGAUAGAAUAGUUGGAAAAUAGUGUCUUGCUGUUUUGUAACAAUGGAAUUCAUCUCGGGUGUAUGAUCUGCUUUUACUCAAUUAUCUGGUAUUAUAAAUAAAUUUUACAUGUUAUCGUUCAUUUGCUCUAUGACUUGAUAGCAGAGCUAUUAUGACCUAGUAGGUUUAGUUUCUCGGGUGUAUGAUCUGCUUUUAUCAGAAUAGGAAAAUAUGAUUUGAGAAUUUGGUUUAUUUGACUUGUUUGAGUAAGACAAUUAUUCAUUUUUAAGGUUAAAAAGUGUAAUAUUUUGUAAGGUAAGGUGGGCGGGUGUUAUUCAUUUCGUCUUUUUGUCUUCCUCCAUCCCCUAUUCCACAACAUGCCCUCUUGUCCUUGAUAACCUUCAUUGUGUUGUAGCUGAAUUAUCCUCUACAAGUGUAUUUGGGUCUAUGUGCUUUGUCGACAACCGCUCUUGGGGUCUUGAUAACCUAUUCAAAUUGUCCUUUAAGUGUUUCUUUCUUUGUUACACUUGAUCACAAAAUGAUUAUUGUUGUUUCUUUUAUAAUCUCUGAUAUUUCUUAGUCUCUUGGUUGAUGUUACCUUUAUGAGUCCAUUACAUUUUUUGGGUCUCCCUCAGCUUCUAAUCCUAACUUUGCGGUCUUACUUCUUCCUCUUUUCUUCAAUAAGUUAUGUUAGAUUUAUACUUUAUCUUGUAUUUAUUAGUUGAUAGAAAUCAGUGAUUGUAUUUCCUAAUAAUUGCUAAUUGAUUGAUCAUGUAUUCAAUUAGUGAUUCUAUUUCUCUAUUAUAAAUAAGAUCAUAUGUGUGGUCUCAAGAUCAUAUGCUGAUUGAGCAGGUUCCCCUAUUGAGUAUGGAUAGAAGAUUCACUAGUUAUUGUGUAUUAUCAAUCAUAAUAUGAUAUGCUUGAAGACUAAGAAACAGAUAUUAGUCACAAGAUCGAGUGUCAAAUUAAAAACUCAUUUAGUUAAAACAAUUACUUAAAGAGCUCUAUUUUAUCAUCAGUUGAAAAUCAUAAUAUAAUAUUCUUAUUCUAUUAAUAAUAGCCAUUUAUAGGCACAUAAUAUUUGAUCUAGAGGAAUACAAAAUCCUUUAUUUGUCUAUAAUUGACGUAAUCAACCUAUAUAAACAUGCAUUCACUAUGGACUUUGAUACAUGAUUUCUAGAUCAUUAUCCCUUUGUUUCUCCUAUUUUGACAUGGUAUUUAGAGCCUAACAGAGAUAUCACAGAAAUUGUGCCUCACCGGGAACCCACUAUCCCCUGCAGACCCUUUUGCUUGUCGUACUUCUUCCGGUGACCUGUUUAUGCAUUCCGAUGACACAACUCUGGUGACACAAUUCUGAUGACUUUUUCAGCAGCCACCAACUAGAUCUGGAUUGCCCCUUGCUGAUUUUACUCAGUCGUAUGAGCAUUGACAUCAAACUCUUUCUCACGUGCUGAGUCUUUUCUCCACCAAACAGCUCCUUUUAUUGCCGAUUCGUUGGCAUGUCUGGCCACCUUCUUUUUAAUGAGCGCUAGGUUGUGUUCCAAGUAAAACACUGACUUCGAAGAAAGAACAUAACCUUUUAUGUCAAAAACAUGCAUGCUUGCACCCAACUGAAUUUCAAUAGAAGUAACUUAUUCUAAGCGGUUUCAAUUUGAAGUCAGCCUCAGUGGUUAAGAGCUUGAAACAAUUUAGAGUUAAUUUAAUGAUAUACAUUGUAGACUCACUGAAGUGUACUCAAAGUUAAGAGCUCUAAGUCCGGUCCUAUCUACUACACAAAAGGAAGUUGAUGAACAGAAAAAUAGACAAUAAAUGAAUUAACCUAUAAAUAUACACACAAAUAUGAGAAACCAAAAUUAGAUUUAACAACUAAUAUAGAAUAUCAUAAGUUCAUAACAAUACUACCAAUGCUCCAAAAACUACCAAAACCAUGAGUUGUGUUAUAUAUAGAAGCCAAUUGAAAAUGUAAUCAUCUAGGAAUAAUCUGCACCAACUUACAAGCCUAUCAGUUAUCAUUUAAAUAAGGGUGUUGCUAGGUGCACCCAGCAAUAUUGCUGGUGCACCCAACAUUUCACUUGAAUGGUUUAGUUUACUUGUUAGGUUUUAAUAUAUAUGGUGGUAUGUUAUUGAGUUUUAGAAAUGGUAGAUAUGUAGUGAUUAGGGUUGAGGCUAGGGUUUAGUUUAGUUCGUAGGGUUUAUUUUAGUGGUUAGGGUUGAGCUUAGAGUUUAGGGUUUAGGUUAGGGCUUAGUUUAGAUGUUAGGGUUUAAUAUAUAUGGUUGUUUGUUAUUGGUAGUUUUAGAAAUUAUAGAUACGUAGUGCUUAGGGUUUAGUGUCUAGGGUUUGGUUUUUGUAGUGCGUAGGCGUUAGUGUUUAGAGUAGUGGGAUUAGGGUUUAUAAUCUAGGGUUGAGGACUUAGGGUUAUGUAGGUUUAUAAUUAUUUGAAUAGUGAAUUUGACAAAAAAAAAUACAUGUUCGUCAUCAUUUGCAGAUCAUGGUUAGAACCAGAGGUUUAGGUCGUGCAUUAGGUAGGGUUAUAGGAAGAACCCUGGGUAGAUAAGAUGAUUAUCAUGCAGAUGAUGUUCCCCAGCGGUGUAGGCCUACCGCAUUCGCACGCAGGCAAUGGGAAGUUGUCCCUGUUGUUGAGGAUGUUCCUGAGAUGACUGAGGACGUACCUGCACCUGGUGAAGAGGGAUUAGUUGGUGAUGGUGUUGAGAGAUCAGCUGUUGAUGAUGCUGAGGGAUUUCCAGGUGGGCCACGUGAUCUAUCAGUGCUAACUUUAUUUGCUGAGCAUGUUGCACAUAGCAUAUGGAAUGGAGAGAAACGUCCUAAAUUGAAGUUGGUCUCCUACGAAAGGAAGGUUGAGAAAUUUGAGAGGUUAGCUUCUGAGAUUGAAGGACUAGUCGCUGUCACGAUAUUAACUCCUUUAUUGGCGAUCAGGGAGUUAUAUCUGCUUUUGUCAAGAGGUGGCACAAGGAGACUAGCAGCUUCCAUCUUCCAGUAGAAGAGUUGACUAUCACACUGGAUGAUGUGGCGUCACUCCUCCAUCUUCCGAUCAUAGGCACCUUCCACAGCUUCGAGCCUCUACAUGUGGACGAGGUGGUCAUCAUGUUGGUGGAGUUGCUAGAGGUCUCGGGUGAGGAGGCUAGAACUGAGACUACACAAUGUCAUGGGGCAUAUGUAUGCCUGUCGUGGCUACGGGAUAUCUAUCAGAGGAGAUGCGAGGCCCGACAGUGGAUAGUUGCAGCUCGUGCGUAUCUCCUACACUUGGUUGGUUGCACUCUUUUUGUUAAUAAGAGUGCAACACAUGUUCAUGUAGUUCAUUUGGACGCUUUUCGAGACUUGGCUCAGAGUGGGAGCUAUGCCUGGGAGCUGCCGCGCUGGUGCAUAUGUAUGACCAGUUAAAUGAAGCUUCUCAGAGCAUUGGCCGACAGAUUGCUGGUUACGUUACUUUAUUACAAUGUUGGAUAUAUGAGACAGUGUGACUGAUGAUGGCUAUGAUGAGACGUUACCACGUGCCUAUCGGUGGUUUACUACGAAGGCUUAUAUGAAGGGAUUAACAGCAUCGUUGUACCGAACAUGUAUAGAUGCGCUGACGAUCAUUGACGUAUGUUGGAUGCCUUAUGGUGACCAGGGCGUUUGACCUCAUUUCAUGCUUCCAGGGUGAGCUUAGAUGGGGUCCCAUUGUGGUCACACUUCAACUAGAAAGGGUGGUGCAACAGUUUGGCUACGUUUAGACCAUUCCCCCACCGCCUAUUAGUGCCACCUUGUCAUAUAAGGAUAUCAACGACAGGUGAAUGCAUUAUUUAGACCAUCCAGCAGCUGCGGGACAUGUUUGUCUUGUGCCUGGGCAGUGCUCAGGAGAUUACAUGGAGUGGUUCUUCGAGAUAUCGCAUUUGUUUAUCACACCCACACAGGCAACUGAUCAGCCCAAACAUCCACCUGUCCCACAACAUGAGAUAUACGUGGAGCCAGAUAUCUCGGAGGUUCCAGUGGCAGCAGGAGUUGGACCGUCACAAGUAGCUAAUCCCCCCAGACAUGCAGUGAUAAGAUUAGUUGCUUUAAUGUUUUAUAAAAUGUUAUUUAUUUUAAAUGCUGUAAUAAAUGUGUUUUUUUGAAUGUCAUAGGAUGCUUGUGAAGCGAUCGCAGAAAGGUUGGAGUGUGUGCUCAACCUAAGGAUGGUCACUGAAGGCACAAAGUUACAUGACAUCAUGGAAGAUUGCCUUAGGAUUGCUAGGGGUGUCACCUUAAAUGAAAAUGUGUAUGUUAGGGCGCGACGAAGAUAGUGCACAGAUCAUUCAUAGAUCAUGUUUAUGUCUUGUAUUUGUUACAUUAUUUUGGUUAUAACUUUUAUUGAAAGUAUUUGUUACAUUAUUUUGUUUUUCGUAGGCUUUUGUUUUUCCUAUAUGGGUAGUCAAUUUGAAUGGUUACAAUAUUUGUUACAUCAUUUGGUUUCAUUUAACAAAAAAUAGUUAAAUUAUGUGUUU